GUUCAAAGCCAGAGGCCAGGCUGGAGUGACACAGGAGGCCCCAUCUUCCCUGCCUCGGUUUCCCCUCUGCACGCAUCCGGACACCUCCCAGCUGCACACUGAGGCCAGGGUCGUUGAGUGCCCGUGGGACGGAAGGUGAGUGCCCCCUCGGGGUCCAUGUGCCCGCCGCAGGCCCAGGCAGAGGUGGGCCCCACCAUGACUGAGAAGGCUGAGAUGGUGUGUGCCCCGAGCCCAGCGCCUGCCCCGCCCCCCAAGCCUGCCUCGCCUGGGUCCCCGAAGGUGGAGGAGGUGGGCCGCCGAGGCUGCUCCCCGCCCAGGCUGCCCCCUGGCGUGCCAGUGAUCAGCCUGGGCCACACCAGGCCCCCAGGGGCGGCCAUGGCCACCACGGAGCUGAGUGCCCUGCGGCCCCCGCUGCUGCCACUCUCCACCCUGGGAGCUGCCCCACCCCCUCUGGCCCUGCAUUACCACCCUCACCCCUUCCUCAACAGCCUCUACAUUGGGCCGGCAGGACCCUUUGGCAUCUUCCCCAGCAGCCGGCUGAAGCGGAGACCAAGCCACUGUGAGCUGGAGCUGCCUGAGGGGCACCAGCCCCAGAAGGUGGCCCGGCGCGUGUUCACCAACAGCCGCGAGCGCUGGCGGCAGCAGAACGUGAACGGCGCCUUCGCCGAGCUCAGGAAGCUGCUGCCCACCCACCCGCCCGACCGGAAGCUGAGCAAGAACGAGGUGCUCCGCCUCGCCAUGAAAUACAUCGGCUUCCUGGUGCGGCUGCUGCGCGACCAGGCGGCCGCUCUGGCCGCCGGCCCCGCCCCGCCCGCGCGCCGCAAGCGGCCGGCGCCCCGGGGCUCGGACGAAGGUGCGCGCCGUGGGCCCCCCCGCAGGGCCGAGGCGGUGGCCCGCCCGCAGCCCGCGCACCCCGCCGGGCCCGAUGGCAGCCCCCAUGGGGCGUCCCGGCCCAUCAAGACGGAACAAGCGGCCGUGAGCCCGGAGGUACGAUGACCUCCGCGGGGUCGCCUCUGAGCCGGGGGGCGCUAGGAACUCAGCCCGGGGCCGUCGAGGAAAGGGGCGGCCGACGCGCUGCGCCCGCUCUCCGCGAACUCCCCCGGAGAGAGGCCAGUGAGGACGUCCCCAACAGGGGAAAGGGCCACCGUCGCCCCCAGGUGCCCUGCAGACCCUUUCAUCAUCCACCACCCGCUGGAAGUGGCCUUGCCCCGCGUCCCCCUCCCUGGGGCGAGGUCCGGGAAGCAACAUGGCAGAGCGGUCAUCGGACCCAAGUGGUGCCUCUUUUUUCCGGGUUGGGGUCACCGAGAGAAGUGGGGGGGUGGCCGGGGGCCUUCGCCCUUGUCACAGGCGCCCCCUCCGGGAGACUCAGGGAAAGACGCUCCUCGACGGCGUGGGAGGAGAGAAGCGCAGCCCCGACGCGGGGCGCCCACGCCCCGACCCCGACCCGGUCCCGCACGCACGGCCGCGCAGCGAAGGCUCAGGCGCUCUUGCUUUUGUUUUUCUUUAUUUCUUUAUUUCACAUACACAUUAGCCAUUCAAUGGAGAAGCCGGAGAGAGUCAGGCAAAGAUGGUAUAACAGAAGCGCAGUGACGGGGGCGGGGAGGGGCGGGGCGGAGAGGGGACAGACGGGCUGGCUGCCUACUUGCAUUCCGCUAGGACACUGAAAACCCAGAAAACAAAACAGACAGUAAACUACCCUUGUUUCUUAUGUAUCUCAGUGCAGAGACGGGGGGGGGGGG